AAAGAAAAAAAAAAGAAAAGGAAAAAAAAAUGGGUGGAAAAGUUAUAAUAUCGGUGGUGUCCUUGAUAUUGGUAGUAGGGGUAGUAAUUGGGGCAGUUGCGGUGGUAAGAAAUGGUCACAACGAAAACUCAUCCUCCUCAUCAUCGGGAACUUCCAUGAAAUCAGUGACAACAUUUUGUGAUCCGACACCGUUUAAGGAUGUAUGCGCAAAAAGCGUGGCGUCAGUUGCGAACAACGCCUCGGCUACCCCGAAGGAUUACCUGAUCGCAGCUCUGCAGGCCACCGUGGAGGAAGUCAAGAAAGGCCUGGAAGUGGCCGAAAAAACCAAAAUCGAUGACAAAAAUGAUGCCUACCACCACACGGCGGUGGAGGACUGCAAGGAAUUGUUAGGGUACGCAGUGGAUGAGCUUCAGGCGGCUCUAACCUCAGUUGGGGACAGCCAGCUCCACACCUUGAAUGACCGGGUUGACGAGCUCCUCAACUGGCUCAGCGCUGUUUAUACUUACCAGGCAUCCUGCAUCGACGAGUUUGAGAAUCCAGAGUACAAGUCUGCCUUCCAAAACGGCCUGCUUAACGCCACUCAGCUCACUAACAACGCCGUGGACAUCGUCGCUGGCUUGUCCGAUCUUCUUAAAUCAUUCAACAUUCCUGUCCAGCUCCCUCAGGCCCGGAAGCUUCUGGAGGCCGGUAGUGAGAUGGGUCACGAUGGGUUCCCAACAUGGUUCCAGGCUGCAGAUAGGAAGUUGUUGGCUCAUCGUCCUAAUCGCCUGGUGCCAAACGCGGUGGUGGCCAAAGAUGGCAGCGGAAAAUUCAGGACCAUUACCGAUGCCUUGAGAGCUUACCCUCCUAAGUUUGCGGGACGCUACAUUAUUUACGUGAAAGCCGGAGUUUAUGAAGAAAAUGUGAUCGUUGAUAAGAAGCAGACCAAUGUGUAUAUCUAUGGAGAUGGUGCUGGGAGAACUAUUGUCACCGGCCACAAGAACUAUGGAAUCAUGCACGUUCAAACUUCCAAUACCGCAACUUUCGCUGCCCUUGGGGACGGAUUUAUUGCUCGUGGAAUGACAUUCCGCAACACCGCUGGGCCUGAGGGACACCAAGCGGUUGCACUCCGACUUCAAUCGGACAUGUCGGCCGUAUUCGACUGCAGCAUUGAAGGCUUCCAAGAUACACUUUACUACCAAGUCCACAGGCAAUUUUAUCGCAACUGCGUCAUCUCCGGAACCAUUGACUUCAUCUUCGGCAAGGGCUCCGCCGUCAUCCAAAACAGCUUGAUCAUCGUGCGCAGAGGCCUACCCUCCCAGUUCAACACCGUUACCGCUGACGGCAAGGAGCUGCAGAACGAUCGCACUGGAGUUGUCCUCCAGAACUGCCGCAUCGUGGCCGGAAGAGAUCUCGGACCUGUUAGGUUCCAGGUUCCGACUUUCCUCGGCAGGCCCUGGAAGCAGUUUGCUAAGACCGUCAUCAUGCAGUCGGAAUUGGGCGACUUGAUCAGACCCGAAGGUUACAGGAAAUGGGAUGGCGCAAGUUACGAGAACACAUGUGAGUAUUUGGAGUUUGCCAACCGGGGACCCGCGGCUAACCUCGCGUUAAGAAACAAGACUUUCAAGAAGAGCCGGGGGAUGACUGCCAGGGACGCUGGUAUGUACACCGUCAAUGCAUUUAUUCAAGGUGCCGCAUGGUUGCGACGCACAGGAGUACCUUUUGUUGGCGGGCUAUGAAUCUAAAACAUCAUACAAAUACAUAUCUACAAAAAGAAAAAAUGAAAAAUAUUCAGACCAUCUAAUCUUAUUUAGAUUCCCUUUGCUUUGGUUUUAAAUCCAUCAAUAUAGAUUGAUGGGUCAUAUUUAUUAUUACCAAAUACACCAACGAAAAAAAUAAAAAAAAAAAAAGAAGAAUUCUUAUGUAAUAAUGAUUUGAUCCAUUGACUGUCUAAUUCUAUGUGUGGUUCAAUUUUAAGAGAUUUAUGAAAGUAUGUAUAAAGAAUCUUAGAAACAAGAAAAAUACAACUUUUUAUGACUUUUAUUAAUUACCCACCUCAAGUCUGGUAUUAUUCUUCCUCAUCCACAGAUUUAAUCAUUAAAAG